AUGGCCAAACGAACUCUUGACUCCUUCUUCAAGCCUCAAAAUGAAAAUAAGAAGCCCAAGAUAGAGCCAACAUCAUCGACUCACCACCCCAGCUAUCCCUCUCCCAUAUCCGACCUGCCCUCGCACAUCUCGGUCGGCCUCUGCCAUGCGACGCCCGAUGCUUCGCCCCGGGAGAUCAACAACCAGCCACACUUGGACCUGCUAUAUAUGCAACCCUUUAUUCCGUCGCCCACAGCCAAGGAACUCUUCAAAUUCCUGCGUGAUGAACUCCCAUUCUAUCGCGUGCAGUACUCCAUCCGCCGAGGGGCGGUAGAAACGAUCGUCAACACGCCUCGGUUCACCACUGUGUUUGGCGUCGAUGACACCUCUAAAUUUAUCCAGAAUGAAGAUAGCCUCAUCCUGGUCGACAGCAAAACAGACCAACCCGUUCGCAUGAGUAGAUAUCAGUAUACACCCCGCCCCAUCCCCCCCUGUCUGGAUCUCCUGCGGCAACGCGUCGAGGCAGCGACUGCCGAUGGAACGCGAUACAACUUCUGCCUGGUCAACUUCUACGCCACUGGCGACGACAGCAUCGCCUACCAUUCGGACGACGAGCGCUUUCUGGCCUCGCAUCCCACCAUUGCAUCCUUGUCGCUGGGAGCCCGUCGCGACUUUGUUCUGAAACACAAGCCUGCGCCUGACAUGGAUGACACUGACUCGAAGGAUCCACUCAAGUUUGCGCUGGGGCCAGGGGAUAUGAUCAUCAUGAGAGGUGAGACCCAGGCGAACUGGUUGCAUAGCAUCCCCAAGCGACGGGGCGAGAGUCAAGGCAGGAUCAAUAUCACGUUCCGCAAGGCUGUUGUGCCGGCCGGGACGAACAACUACUACAACUACAACGUGGGCAGUGGGCCUGUGUAUCGCUGGGACGAGGGGGCCAUGAAGAUGGUGAAAAGAGACCAUGUCUAG